AUGAACGGAGAAAACCCAUCCUUGCGCUCUAAGCGCAAGGCUCCCUUUUCUGCCGACCAACGCCCCCAUAAGCAGCUUCGGCCUGCGAAUGGCAGGCUGUCUCCGACCGAGAACACACCCGACUCCGAGUUACGAAGUUUUAUCGACAACGAGGAUAUAGUUACCGACGAAGACUUGUCCGUCCUCUACCCGCCGCAGGCGUCCCCUGAUACGGCUGAGUGGCAGGCGACUAUAGAGAAGGUCGUGCGGAAUGUUGUCUCCAUUCGCUUCUGCCUGACCUGUUCCUUCGAUACGGACGCUGCUUGUGCCAGUGAAGCGACGGGUUUCGUUGUUGAUGCGGAGAACGGGUACAUCCUCACUAAUAGACAUGUUGUUGGCGCUGGCCCUUUUUGGGGCUAUGUGGUUUUUGACAACCACGAAGAGGUCGAUGCUUACCCCGUCUACCGAGACCCUGUUCACGAUUUUGGCAUUCUACGCUUCGAUCCCCAGGCCAUUAAAUACAUGCCUGUCGCGGCUCUACCCAUCCGCCCAGACCUAGCCAAAGUCGGAGUUGAAAUAAGAGUUGUCGGAAACGAUGCUGGUGAAAAGCUUAGUAUCCUCUCUGGCGUUAUUAGUCGGCUUGAUCGCAAUGCCCCAGAGUAUGGCGAAGGCUACAGUGACUUCAAUACCUGUUAUUACCAAGCCAACGCUGCCGCCAGCGGAGGCAGCUCUGGCAGCCCUGUCGUAAACAUUGAUGGAUUUGCUAUAGCUCUACAAGCUGGCGGGCGAUCUGAUGGUGCAUCCACAGACUAUUUCCUGCCCCUAGACCGACCACUGCGAGCUCUUCGCUGUAUUCAAGAAGGAAAGCCAGUUGAGCGAGGUACCAUACAGUGUCAAUUCCUCAUGAAGCCCUUUGAUGAGUGCCGGCGGCUUGGCCUGACGCCAAAUUGGGAGCGGGCGAUUCGCGAAGCAUUCCCGAAAGAGACCAACAUGCUUGUUGCCGAGAUAGUGCUCCCUGGUGGCCCGUCGUACAAUAAAAUAGAGGAGGGGGAUGUACUUCUGAAAGUGAAUGGAGAGAUGAUCACUCAGUUCAUCCGACUAGACGACAUACUAGACUCGAACGUUGGUAAAACUAUCCGGAUAACUCUCCAACGCGGGGGCGAGGAUAUGGAUAUUGACAUCGAGGUUGGGGAUCUCCACAAGAUCACUCCUGAUCGCUUCGUCACUGUCUCGGGGGCUAGCGUACACAACCUUUCCUACCAACAGGCACGUCUUUACGGCGUGCCGAUCGAAGGUGGUGGCGUUUUUGUCUGUGAAUCUACUGGUUCUUUUCGGUUUGAUAGUGCCGAUAAUGGUUGGAUGAUCCAGAGCAUCGACCAGAAGAAGACGCCCAAUCUGGAAGCCUUCAUCGACGUCGUCAGGGGAAUUCCGGACAAGAAGCGCGUUGUCGUCACGUACAAGCACCUGAGAGACCUCCACACCCUCAAUACGACCAUCAUCAACGUGGAUAGGCAUUGGUCCACCAAGAUGCGCGCGGCAAUACGUAACGACGAGACCGGGCUAUGGGAUUUUAAAGAUCUUGCCGAUGCAUUGCCUCCGGUCACGCCGGUGCGUCGCAAAGGCGCUUUCGUCCAACUUGAGCACACCUCUCAUCCCGCUGUGGCCGAACUGGUCCGCAGCUUUGUACGCGUCGGCUGCACGAUGCCUCUCAAGCUUGAUGGGUUUCCUAGGAAUAGGAAAUGGGGAAUGGGCUUAGUCAUUGACGCAGAGAAGGGCCUGGUUAUCAUCUCGAGAGCGGUUGUCCCCUACGACUUGUGCGAUAUAUGGAUCACAAUUGCUGAUUCCAUCGUCGCCGAAGGCAAGGUCGUCUUCAUGCACCCACUUCAGAAUUACGCUAUCAUCAAAUACGACCCGGCUCUGAUUGACGCGCCGGUGCUCAGUGCCAGACUCAGCACCGAUAGCAUCACCCAAGGUGCCUCGACGACUUUUAUUGGGUACAAUAGGAGCGGCCGGGUUGUGCACGCUGCCACCACCGUGACUGAGAUCACCACUGUCGCCAUUCCAGCGAAUUCCGGGGCGCCGAGGUACCGGGCCACCAAUGUUGACGCGAUAACGGUCGACACAAACCUCAGUGGGCAAUGCGGAAGCGGAGUACUUGUCGACAAAGACGGCAAGGUCCAGGCACUAUGGCUCACCUACCUUGGUGAGAGGUCACAUGGCUCGAGAGACGAAGAGUACCACCUCGGUCUCGCCACACCUACCCUACUGCCCGUCAUAUCGCAGAUCCAGCAAGGCCAAGACCCAAAGCUCCGCAUGCUGUCGAUGGAGUUCCGAGCCAUCGCCAUGUCCCAAGCUAGGGUCAUGGGUGUCUCCGAGGAGUGGAUACACAAGGUGUUCCUAGCCAACAAGCACACUCACCAACUGUUCAUGGUUUCUAAGCGCACUUUCGAACGCAGCAGCCAGCCGAGUAUUCUACUGGAGGGCGAUAUCAUCUUAACACUAAAUGACAAGAUCAUCACGCGCGUCUCGGAGUUAGACGUCAUGUACUCGUACGAGGUUCUCGACGCCGUCAUCGUCCGAGAAAGUCAAGAGAUGCGGCUACAAGUCCCGACAGUACCUGCUGAUAACAUUGAGACCGACCAUGCCAUUUCGUUUUGCGGGGCCGUUCUUCAUGUUCCGCACCUUGCUGUUCGGCAGCAGAUCAGCAAGCUCCCCAGCGAGGUCUACGUUUCUGCGCGGAGCAGAGGCUCCCCAGCGUACCAGUAUGGGCUUGCGCCGACGAAUUUCAUCACGCAUGUGAACGGCAACCCAACCCCAGACCUCAGGACGUUUCUCGAUAACGUGAUAAAAAUCCCGGAUAACACCUAUUUCCGCAUGCGAGCGAUAACAUUCGACGACCAACCCUGGGUCGUCACGAUGAAGAAGAAUGAGCACUACUUCCCGACGAUGGAAUGGAUCAAGGAUGACUCGGAGCCGUGCGGGUGGAAGCGUAUCAGCUACGGGAGCGGCAAACCCGUCGAAGGUGAGCCGACCGACGGCAUUCUACCCGUCGACGGAGAGGAAACUACGGAGAUGGACGAUGACGACGGUGGAAUCUAA